GAUCAAGGCAACAAAUUUCAAUUACAAUCCCUAAUUUGUGUCCGCGGAGUGUUUUUUUUUUCCUUUUUUUCUUUUUCUUUCUUUUUUUUUUUUUUUUUUUUUUUUUUUUUUGUACCCGCGUUAGUCCUCUCCGGCGCAUCAGUCAAGGCAGAUCUUGGAGCAGCAGGAGGACGAGGUGGAGGGGUUGGGAGCAGAGAAGUGCAUCCGUGGGCUCGAGGCAGGGAAGGAAACUUGGCGGCCGACGCUCCUGCUCCCUCGGAUCCCAACUCCAGAGAGGGGGUGGGGGGGAGAGAAGAGAAAGAGAGAGAGAGAGAGAGAGAGAGAGAGAGAGAGAGAGAGAGAGAGAGAGAGAGAGAGGAGAGGAAACGGCAAAUUUGCUUUUGCCCGCAGCGGGGAAGGGGGCAGAUCUCGGGAGGCGUGGGGGGCCGGGAGGGCGAGCGCGUGCGUGCGCCCCAGCCGCGGGUAUAUGAGAGAGGGGCGGGCGGGCGCGGGGCGGCGGCGGGGAUGGCGGAGAAGCGGAGGGGCUCGCCGUGCAGCAUGCUGAGCCUCCGGGCGCACGCCUUCUCCGUGGAGGCGCUCAUCGGCGCCGAGAAGCAGCAGCAGCUCCAGAGGAAGCGCAGGAAGCUGGCCGCCGGAGAGGCGCCCGGGGCGGCGGACGACGCGGGCUGCAGCGCGGCCGAGCGGGGCAGCUCCGAGGCGGAGGAGGACGCGGCUCCCCCGGCUCCCCCGCCGUCAGCCGGGGCGGCGUCCGGAAACUGCGCGGACGCGGAGCGGAGCUGCGCCUCCCGCGGGGCGGCGGGCAGCUGUGAGGACGGCUUCCCCCAGGGCGCCUCCCCGAUGGCGUCCCCUCGAGGAUCCCCGAAGGGGUCUCCGGUCCCUGGCCUGGCCGGCCCGGGGACCCCGCUGCCUGCACCGCAGGCUCCGAGGGUGGAUCUGCAAGGAGCGGAGCUCUGGAAGCGCUUUCACGAAAUAGGCACGGAGAUGAUCAUCACCAAAGCCGGCAGGCGCAUGUUUCCAGCAAUGAGAGUGAAGAUCUCCGGAUUAGAUCCGCACCAGCAGUAUUACAUUGCCAUGGACAUUGUGCCAGUGGACAACAAAAGAUACAGGUAUGUUUAUCACAGCUCUAAAUGGAUGGUGGCAGGUAAUGCUGAUUCCCCGGUGCCACCCCGAGUGUAUAUUCAUCCAGACUCACCUGCCUCUGGGGAGACUUGGAUGCGACAAGUGAUCAGCUUCGACAAGCUGAAGCUUACCAACAAUGAACUGGACGACCAAGGCCAUAUUAUUCUUCAUUCUAUGCACAAAUACCAACCACGCGUGCAUGUCAUUCGUAAAGACUGUGGGGACGAUUUGUCCCCCAUCAAGCCUGUUCCUUCAGGAGAGGGAGUGAAGGCAUUCUCCUUCCCAGAAACCGUUUUCACGACUGUCACUGCCUAUCAGAAUCAGCAGAUUACUCGCCUUAAAAUAGACAGGAAUCCCUUUGCCAAAGGUUUCCGAGACUCUGGGAGAAACAGGAUGGGUUUGGAGGCCCUGGUGGAGUCAUAUGCGUUCUGGAGACCAUCACUACGGACUCUUACCUUUGAAGAUAUUCCUGGAAUCCCAAAGCAAGGCAGCACAAGUUCUUCCACUCUACUCCAAGGUCCCGGGAAUGGGGUUCCUGCCACACACCCUCACCUGCUGCCCGGCUCCUCUUGUUCCUCUCCUGCCUUCCCUCUGGGGCCGAACACCAGCCAGCUGUGUACUCUGGCUCCUGCCGACUAUUCCGCCUGUGCCCGGUCGGGCCUCGCCCUCAACCGAUACAGCACGUCCCUGGCAGAGACCUACAGCAGGCUUACCAACCAGGGCAGCGAGACCUUUGGCCCACCCAGGACUCCUUCCUAUGUGGGUGUGAGCAGCAGCCCCUCUGUGAACAUGUCCAUGGGCGGCAGCGACGGGGACACCUUCAGCUGCCCGCAGACCAGCCUAUCCAUGCAGAUCUCAGGGAUGUCCCCGCAGCUCCAGUACAUCAUGCCCUCGCCGUCCAGCAACGCCUUUGCCGCCAACCAGACCCAUCAGGGCUCCUACAACACUUUCCGGUUACACAGUCCCUGUGCCUUAUAUGGAUAUAACUUCUCCACAUCCCCCAAACUGGCUGCCAGUCCCGAGAAAAUUGUCUCCUCCCAAGGAAGUUUCUUGGGGUCCUCGCCGAGCGGGACCAUGACCGAUCGGCAGAUGUUGCCUCCUGUGGAAGGAGUGCACCUGCUUAGCAGUGGGGGCCAGCAGAGUUUCUUUGACUCCAGGACCCUAGGAAGCUUAACUCUGUCAUCUUCUCAAGUGUCGGCACAUAUGGUGUGAGGAAGCCUUUAAGUUAAACUUCGUUUGAAUCUAGUGGAUCUUCCUUAUUUUUUUAAAAGCAAUAUGGAAAAAUGUACAUACAGUAGCAAAUGAAGGCUCACUGAGGAUUUUAACUUUCUCACGGCAAGAUUGUAAUUAUCUGAUGGUAUGUGUAUAAGCUGUAUAUACAUAGCGUGUAGUAUACCGAAGCCCUUCUCUUCUGCCUUGUUUAUCUGGUUCCACAGAAUAUUGGCUACGUGUACUGUUUUUAGUCAGAGUUAAAAAAAACCAAAAAACCAAAAAAACCAAAACUCUAAAAGCAAAAUGGCACACUUGAAAGUUGGUAAUGAUGCUAACCAAAGACUUUUCUAAUGCGCACAUGCAAAGCGAUGGGGUUCAUAUACACGUAACCAAAGAUUUGUAACUUCAUUCAUCAGAAGAGCGCUCUCAUCGGUUUGUAUUCGAGUGUGGAUAGCACUGUGAUUUCUAUUAAUCUUGGACAUGAUGGGAGAACCUCAAGUGCAGAAGCCACUUAAAGCUUAGGGUGUUUCUGAGGUAUCCAUAACAAUAAAGGCUUAGCUUUGCAUUCCUGCUUAAUUCCUUUUUUUUGAGACAGGGUCCUCUAUGUAACAGCCUUGGCUGUCCUGGAACUCACUCUGUAUACCAGGUUGGCCUCAAACUCACAGAUAUUUGCCUGCCUCUGCCUCCUAAGUGCAGGCAUUAAAGGUGUAUGCCACCACUGUCCAGCCAUUUCCACUUAUUCUGAUUUACCACGGACCUUGGGUCUAUAAAAAUCCAUAGCUUGUACUGGUGUUUAUUUUCUGAAGGAAGGCGGAGGAGAGCUUUGUGACUUUUCACUUUCCAUUGAACAGAAAAUUCUUACUUACUUGCAAAAAAACAUUAUUUUGAAAUUAUAAACUAAAUGAAAUGAUUUAGCUUAUCAAUAAGGCCCUUAAAAUGUCCUGUAAACACCUUAAAAUUUUAACUAGGAUAGGUAUUGGAUUGUGUGUAAUAAGAAACUGCAAGAAAGAAAAAGAGUACACCUCAGACUCUUGUCCCAAUGAGUAAUGUUUACUUACUUAUUUUUAGUAAAUUAAAGGAAUAAUGUCAACCACCCCUUAGACGUUUGUGUGGCUUGGUUUUUAGAUUUAGAAUCCUUUUUCCGUCUUUAAGCCGCCUGACCUCUGGUCUAUGAGUAAGGAAAAGGCAUUUAUGCCACUUAUUUAUGUCUCAUAACUCCUACAAAUUGAAAUGUUCCCCCCUCCCUAGCCUUAUCUCCCUGUCUGACUCUUUUCCAAAACAGACAGGCCUUGCCUUUAUGGUGCUAGCGCUGCGAGGAAUUUCAGAGGGUUAUCUGCAGCAAUCUGUCUUGUGGUUGUAGUCAAAGGCCAAAGUCCAUUACUAGAAAAGGCCUCCUAGGAGGACCAAGGAGGAAGAUACUCAUUAUGAUAAGUGAGCUAUAAACCUUUUAACCUCAACAGCAUUUUAAGUUUGGAAGUGAGGAAAUGAAAACAGGAUUGGCUUCUAAAAGUGCCUAAAAUGAACACAUGACUUAAGAGUUCAAAAGAAGGAACUUUGAUAGCAGAUCGUGAGAUACACAGAAAAAAAGGAUGACACAGCUUCUUUUGCUGAAAAACUGAAGUGCUCUGUCUGCCCAGCUGCUCCUUACAUUUCAUGUUUAACAACAAAGAGAAUGAUUUCCUUUUGUUUAUCCAUAGUCUUGCUCUAACGUAUCCCUGAUUUGGACUGGAAGGAAUCUCUAUCCCGGUUUACAUCUUUACUGAACAGGGUCAUUGUUGGAUAUUUAGGGGAAUGUUCUGUUUAGACAGAAUGCAUUCUGGAUUUGUCUCUGUUUAUAGAUACUGACAGAUUUCCCCAUGAAUUUCAUAAGAAUAUCAUCAAAUAAUAAUAAUUUUAAAAUCUAAGAUUAGUGUAAAGGGAUGUGAAAUAUUUGCAAUAGGUAGAUCUAGCUAAGGUUUUAUGCAUGGUCUUAUUAACUUGAUAGCGAUUUGGAAAAAAGGCUUUGAGAAUGAAUCCAGCCUUUGUGCUUAUUAUAAUUCAAGGAGGAUAGUUUUUCUAUCUUGAGAAAGCAUCAGGUGGAACAUUUUCCCUUUUGCUGUUGGUAAUUUGAGAUGACGCCAUGAUGUGAGUAGACAUUUUUAUUAAUCAUUUUGGUAAAAUUUAGCAAUAUUGUACAAAUGCUGUUGUCUUUUAGGUUUUGCUGUAAAUAAUAAUCAAUAUGCCACGCCAAAGACUAACCUUUUAUUGUUGUACCAAAUGACAUACAUGCAUUGAUUAUUAUAAUUAUCUAUCUGUAUUUUAUUAAGAACUGCUUAAGAAAUUAUAUUAAAGUACA